AUGAAGGCACUGAUCCUUGUUGGAGGGUUUGGAACUCGGUUGAGGCCGUUGACUCUCAGUGUCCCUAAACCACUAGUUGAAUUUGCCAACAAACCUAUGAUCCUGCAUCAGAUAGAGGCUCUCAAGGCUAUCGGAGUGACUGAAGUUGUUUUGGCUAUUAAUUACCAGCCUGAGGUGAUGUUGAACUUCUUGAAGGAUUUUGAGACGAAGCUUGAGAUUAAGAUCACAUGCUCACAGGAGACUGAGCCACUUGGCACAGCUGGUCCUUUGGCACUGGCAAGAGACAAGCUAAUCGAUGAAUCUGGUGACCCGUUUUUUGUUCUCAAUAGUGAUGUUAUCAGUGAAUACCCACUCAAACAAAUGAUAGAAUUCCACAAAGCCCAUGGUGGAGAGGCUUCCAUAAUGGUGACCAAGGUGGAUGAGCCAUCAAAGUAUGGUGUUGUGGUUAUGGAAGAAUCCACAGGAGAAGUUGAGAGAUUUGUGGAAAAACCAAAAAUAUUUGUUGGUAACAAAAUCAAUGCUGGAAUUUAUCUGUUGAAUCCAUCUGUUCUUGAUAGAAUUGAACUGAGGCCCACCUCAAUCGAGAAAGAGGUCUUCCCGAAAAUUGCAGCAGAGAACAAGCUCUAUGGAAUGGUGCUUCCAGGGUUUUGGAUGGACAUUGGACAGCCAAGAGACUAUAUUGCUGGCCUGAGACUCUAUCUAGAUUCCCUACGGAAAAAAUCAUCGUCUAAGUUGGCCACUGGACGCCAUAUCCUGGGAAAUGUUUUGGUGGAUGAGACUGCCAAGAUUGGAGAGGGUUGUUUGAUUGGACCUGAUGUUGCAAUAGGACCAGGAUGCGUUGUUGAGUCAGGAGUUAGACUCUCUCGUUGCUCUGUGAUGCGUGGAGUUCGCAUCAAGAAGCAUGCCUGCAUAUCUAGCAGUAUUAUUGGGUGGCACUCCACUGUUGGGCAAUGGGCCCGUGUAGAGAACUUGACAAUCCUUGGAGAAGAUGUUCAUGUUUGUGACGAAAUUUACAGCAAUGGAGGUGUUGUUUUACCCCACAAAGAGAUCAAAUCGAGCAUUUUGAAGCCAGAGAUAGUUAUGUGA